AUGACGCCAAAAUUCGAUUGGACGCCCAUUUCAGAGGCCUACGAAAAUCUUCCUGAAGAUCAUCGUCCAAAGACUCGAAAGAGAAUAGCUGCUGGGACUGAUGACCAAAGUGCAACCAGUCAAAAUUUGGGUAGUGAUAAUCGGGCGAGUAUUCCGAAUAACGAUACAACUGAGAGAUCCGAAGCUGAGAGAGUGCUGACGACUGAGGCAGAAAGUGAAUACGAAUCGUCACGACCUGGAUCUGUAAUUUCACCUCUUACCGAAACUGGUAAUAAUACCGAAUCCGCGGUGGAUGAUGACUUACAAAGCACGGAUGAAGAUCCCACUGAGACGGAAAUCGAAAAUGACGACACCACGAAUGAUGAUGACGAAGAGCACGAAGGAAAUGCUACGCCAACACGAAGUACAACGUCGGGCGUUUCGGAAGCUAAUUCCGAUGAAGAGGAUCCUAGCAUUGGCACUUCAACGAGCAGAUCACAUAUUAGGUCGCGAGCUUACAGGCGAAGUAGUUCAGGUGCUGGUGUCGAAAGUGAUGACGAACAAUGA